CACAAAAUCUCUUGUAACUUGAGGCAAGCAAGGCAAGUAUUCCUUGCUUCAACUUUGUAUAUACAGUAUACUCAAUGACUUCACCUUCCCUUUUCCCUUUUUCUUUCUAAUUUUAAAUCCCUCUUCUUCAUCAUUCAAAUUUUUCGACACAAACAAUAACACCUAAAAACGGUCGAUGAUGACUCUCGACUGUUUCUCCCUCACAAACCCUAAUUCUAAUUUGGCCGGACUUCCAUUGAAGAACAACCUUUCUUCUUCUUCAAUGGCGUCCUUUUCGUUUUCUUCAUCUCAUCUACAUUUUGAAACGAUUCAUCAACGACGUAAAGCGUUUCUUUUCGCUGAUAUGGCCUCACUAUCGCCGAAAGGACUUGGUGGACUCAGUUUAAAGAAUCGCAAUUGGAAAAAGAUGAAGUUUCCGACUGUUACAUUUGCUGCUUCUCAGGAAGAAUAUCCGUCCGAAGGAGAGAUUGACAUGGAGGGGAAUGAUUUAAAAAAUACUGGUCAAGAGUCUCAGGAUGCUUGGAAACAAACUCUAGAAACAUUUAAAGAGCAAGCCUCAAAGCUGCAAAGUGUGUCUCAAGAAGCAUAUGAAGUAUAUAUGAAGAAUGCGGUUGUUACAUUAAAGGAAACUGCUGAGCGAUUAAAGAUCCAGGCUGAUCAGGCGAGACAAGAUUUAAGUGUUAUGGCAAAAGAACUGAGGGAAGAGGGUAGACAAUACCUUACUAUAGCAGCAGAGAAUUCUCCUGAACCGGUAAAGGAUGUAAUGGAGACCUUUGCUUCUGCUCGUGAUCUAGAUGAUGUAUCUAAAGUCCGUGAUUUUUACGUUGGGAUACCAUAUGGGACAAUUCUUUCUGCUGGUGGCUUUCUUAACUUUAUGAUUACUGGAAAUGUUUCUUCCAUUAGAUUUGGUGUGAUCCUUGGGGGUAUUCUUUUGGCAUUAAGCAUAUCAAGCCUAAGUUCUUGGAGAAAAGGAGAGUCCACUGAUAAGACUUUGAAAGGACAGGCAGCAAUAACUAGUAUUCUAUUUUUAAGGGACAUGCGCCUGGUGUUUGAGGGACUUAAUUUGGCUGGGCUGUUCAAAAUGAUCAUCAGUGGGGCAGUUGCAGCAUUCUAUGUAUACAGGAUUUAUUAUGACAAGCAGCAGAGGCAGCCAAAUAUUGACGGUGAGGCAACCAGCUGAGGUAGCCUAUGCAUGUUUGCAAUCGUCACACGAAAUGAAUUGUCAUAUGUAAAGAAGAAUCUCGAGUUUAAAUGAGGAUACUCCUGUGUGUCGACCAAUUGUGUGCAAGAUUGAUUGUUUCGGCUGUGAAGCAAGUUCAUACGAUUUUAGAAUCUAUUGUAUUUGACGUGUAUCUGCAUCGAAAAUUAGGGUUGUGUAGAAUUUUAUGAAAUGAAGGUGUCUUAGAACUAUGUACAGAAUCAGCAAUAUGGGAAAAAAUGAUUAUAGUGGACCAAAAGCUUGCAAUAAUGACUUGAAGAGAUCCUUAAAUUUUUAAAUUUAUUGUGUUUGUUUUAA